AGAAAUGAAAAAGGGAAGCAAAGAGACACGUGAAUGUCUGUAUAUUUUCUCACUUCUUUAAAGAAUAUGAGGUUGGGAGUAAUCUGAAUUCAUCAGCGGAUCUGAUUCCGUCACUUUGUUGUUGCCUCUUUCUUCUCCUUCUUCAAUUCUUCGUCUUCUCUCUCUCUCUGCUCGAUAUUCAUAUUUGGUUUAUUAGUUGGCUUUCAUAAGCAACAAAAAAAAAAAAAAAUCAAAGAAAGUCAACAACUUUCUUUGUUUUCUCUUCAGUCUUUGUAGCAGAGAUGAAGCUACUCUGGUCUUUUUUGUUCUUGUCUUGUCUCUGUCUUGGAUUUUUGGGACACGGGUAUUCUGAGAAACCAGAAGUUGUCAAAAUCGGUUCAAUAUUCAGUUUCAACUCAGUGAUUGGCAAAGUUGCCAAGAUUGCGAUUGAGGAGGCAGUGAAAGAUGUGAAUUCAAACCCGGACAUCCUCGUAGGGACACGUCUUCAAGUUUCAAUGCAGAACUCAAACUGCAGCGGUUUUAUGGGCAUGGUUGAAGCAUUGAGGUUUAUGGAGAAAGACAUAGUUGGAAUCAUAGGACCACAAUGUUCUGUAGUUGCUCAUAUGAUAUCUCACAUGGCGAACGAGCUACGGGUGCCUCUUCUCUCAUUUGCUGUUACAGAUCCUGUAAUGUCGCCUCUCCAGUUCCCUUAUUUCAUUAGGACGAGCCAGAGCGACUUAUACCAAAUGGAGGCUAUUGCUUCGAUUGUAGACUUGUACGGUUGGAAAGAAGUGAUUGCUGUGUUUGUGGAUGAUGACUACGGAAGGAAUGGUGUUGCUGCACUUAACGAUAAGCUUGCGAGUCGGAGGUUGAGAAUCACUUACAAGGCGGGUUUACAUCCUGACAAUGCGGUGAAUAAGAAUGAGAUCAUGAACAUGCUCAUCAAGAUCAUGUUGCUUCAGCCAAGAAUCAUUGUGAUUCAUGUCUACUCGGAGUUGGGUUUUGCGGUUUUCAAGGAAGCUAAGUAUCUUGGAAUGAUGGGUAAUGGGUACGUUUGGAUCGCUACGGAUUGGCUGUCUACUACUCUUGACUCUUCCUCUCCGCUUCCCUCUGAGAGACUUGAGAGUAUUCAAGGUGCUCUUGUUCUGCGUCCGCACACACCUGAUUCAAAACUAAAACGGGAGUUUUUCGCGAGGUGGCGUAAGAAUCCUGAUGCUCCUCUGGCUCUUCACACGUACGGUCUCUACGCUUAUGAUUCGGUUAUGCUCUUAGCUCGUGCUUUGGAUAAGUACUUCAAACACGGUGGGAAAAUAUCCUUUUCUAAUGACUCAAUGCUUGAUGCUCUGGGGAAAAGCGGGAGUCUCAACUUAGAAGCGAUGACCGUCUUUGAUGGUGGAGAGGCUCUGCUUAAGGAUAUCCUUGGAACACAUAUGGUUGGUUUGACAGGGCAGCUUCAGUUUACUACAGAUAGGUCUCGGAUCCGACCGGCUUAUGAUAUCAUCAAUGUGGCCGGAACCGGUGUUCGCCAAAUAGGCUACUGGUCGAAUCAUUCUGGUUUAUCAGUUUUGCCACCUGAGUCACUCACGAAACCAAAUAUGUCAGCAAGUCAGAAGCUAAGACAUGUGAUCUGGCCGGGAGAAGCGUUUCAAAAGCCACGGGGGUGGGCUUUUUCGAACAAUGGGAAAGAGCUUAAGAUCGGUGUGCCUCGCCGCGUAAGUUACAAGGAGUUUGUCUCGCAGAUUCGUGGAACGGAGUAUAUGUUCAAAGGGUUCUGCAUUGAUGUCUUCACAGCUGCAGUGAAUCUCUUACCAUACGCAGUCCCUGUCAAGUUUAUCCCUUAUGGAAACGGAAAGGAGAAUCCGAGCUACACUCAUAUGGUUGAGAUGAUAACAAGUGGUAAUUUUGAUGGGGUAGUGGGUGAUAUUGCCAUCGUAACAAACCGGACAAAGAUUGUAGACUUUACACAACCGUAUGCAGCAUCUGGACUAGUAGUUGUUGCUCCUUUUAAGAAACUCAACUCAGGAGCUUGGGCUUUCCUCCGACCUUUCAAUCGACUUAUGUGGGCAGUCACGGCUUGUUGCUUUCUCUUUGUCGGCAUUGUUGUUUGGAUCUUGGAGCAUCGGAUUAACGAUGAAUUCAGAGGCCCGCCUAAGAGGCAAUGCGUCACAAUUCUCUGGUUUAGCUUCUCGACCAUGUUUUUCGCGCAUAGAGAGAAUACAGUGAGUACACUUGGGCGGUUGGUUCUGAUCAUAUGGCUGUUUGUUGUACUAAUAAUCAACUCAAGCUACACCGCUAGUCUCACAUCAAUCCUGACGGUUCAGCAGCUCUCGUCACCAAUCAAGGGAAUUGACAGCCUUAGAGAAAUGGAUGAUCGGAUUGGGUACCAGGUGGGUUCGUUUGCAGAGCGUUAUCUGAGGGAUGAGCUUAACAUAUCAGAGUCAAGGCUCGUCCCGCUUGGUUCACCUGAAGCUUAUGCCAAAGCUUUAAAAGAUGGACCAAGAAAAGGAGGUGUUGCGGCAAUUGUGGACGAGCGUCCUUAUGUUGAACUCUUCCUCUCCAGCAAUUGCGCUUAUAGGAUCGUUGGUCAGGAGUUCACCAAAAGUGGCUGGGGAUUUGCAUUUCCUAGAGACUCUCCUCUAGCAAUAGAUCUGUCAACAGCGAUCUUGGAGUUGGCAGAGAACGGGGAUCUGCAGAGGAUCCAUGAUAAGUGGCUGAUGAAGAACGCAUGCACCCUAGAGAACGCAGAACUUGAAUCAGACAGGCUUCAUCUGAAAAGCUUCUGGGGACUGUUUCUCAUAUGUGGAGUUGCAUGUGUCCUCGCUCUCUUCCUCUACUUUGUUCAGAUCAUCCGUCAGCUCUACAAUGGAAAGCCAAGCGAGGAAGAAGAAGAUGCCAUUGGGAGAGAGAAUCAUGACUCCUCGUCCUUGCGGUCUACUCGUCUGCAGAGAUUCUUGUCGCUCAUGGAUGAGAAAGAAGACGUGUCCAAGGCGGGAAGCAAGAAGAGAAAGAUCGAUGGAUCAGUGAAUGAUAAUUCAGUAUCGAGACAUUCACGGCGACUUGACAGCUUCAAUUCGGUUAAUCCAUUAGAUUGAAAGUUUAGUUACAGAAGAUUCUUUAAGGCAUCAAAACCGUUUAUAGUAUCAAAAGUGUAUCCAACUUGUGCAUUCCCUGAUUCUGUAAUCUUUUAAUCUUAUUAGGAGUUCUUCAAAACAAGUGUAUGUGACAUGUUUAUGGAAGCAUUAAAGGCAAUAUUAAUUUUUUUUAGAGUA